UUCUCACUCUCUCUCUCUCUCUCUCUCACACACACAAAUACACACUCACUAUCACUUACACUCUCUCAAGAUACUUCUUGUUCAUGUAUGUCAAGUUUAAGCGUCUAGUUUAUUUUAUCGCUUGAAAAGCUCACAAGCUCAGAUGGUAUCAUUGCAAAACUGUAUCGGACAGUUUAAAUGACCUUUGGUUUUGUAACCAGAAAGUAGAUCUAAUAAAACAGCAUGAACAUAAGUGGAACAUUCAAAGCAAUCCUCGUCGUUUUACUUUGCUGUGACGCCUUUGCAAACAAUGACAGUGUCUAUUCGCUUCCUUACAAAGACUUAAACAUUACAUUUUCAAGUAGCACUUUUACUGAUUUUUACAAAUGUUUGUGCAAUUCGGUGAUGGAGCUCUGCUGGGCCACGUCUGGGAAUAAGGCCCCCAAUGCCAGCGAUGUUUACAUUGAAACUGUCCAAUGGAAAUACAACGAUUCUCUAAGCGACACAUUCUCAGUUCGGAAAUGUCGUGGUGACGAAGUAUUGCCUACCAAGAUUAAUAUCACUUGCACCUGGGCCAAUGGAGGAACUAACUUAAGGCAAUUAAAUAACAUCUUAACCAAUCAGAAUGAUGCAUGUGUCAAAAACGAAACAAAGUUGGACUGGGACAUCCAAGACACCGACAUUCAUGGCUCUGAGACUUCAGGUGGAGUCAAGAAGUGUCUGCCAAGCUUUACAUUGACUUGGCUAGUUCUCAUUGUCUACGCUUCCUAUUCAAAUGACAUUUCAAUAGUCUUCUUCUAAAGGAGGCUUACUGGAUUCAAGGAAGAACAUUUAUUGGCAACCGUUUUGGCGCGACCAUUUUGGCGCAGACAUUUUGCCGCAGCCUUUUUGGCGUGGGACAUUUCGGCACACAUAGUUUUAGCAACAUUGCAUAUGUUCAUUUUAUUAUGUCUUAAAAAGAAGGAUAUGAUUUCCCGGUCUGCCGCUUUCUUUUGUCUGAUUUUCCUUAUUUUCUUUGGACGACUUUAUUUUACAACUCGGUCUGGUCAAAAGUGUGUACACUUUAUUUCUCCCACACCCUUUCUCGGAUCAAGCUGAAAGUUCGUACAAUUAUUCAUUAGCAUAGACAAAACAUGAAUCAAUUUUAAAAAGUAACCAAUAAGACAAUUAAUUACUGGUAAUUAAUUCUUUUGCUACAUAGCAACAAGGGAAACUAAUACUUCAGUAUUCACAGAUAUUGCUGAAUUUGUUGGGUUUAGUCCCCUUAAAUAAUUGUUGCCGCUAUUUCUCCCUCGCGCAUUCUCCGAUCAAGUUGAUACCUUAAGCAAUUAUUUAUUGUACCUAACAAAACAUGAAUUAAUAAACUAACAUAGUCAAUAAUAAUUUUUGGUAAUUACUUAUUUUGUUUGAUAAUAGAUAAUUAAUUAUUUUGUUUGAUAAUAGAUAAUUAAUUAUUUUGUUUGAUGACAAAUAAUUGUAAUAGCUCUGUCUUUAUUGGUAGAUAUAUUUUAAAGAGUUUUCCCAUGUAGCUAUAAUUUAAUGUUCGGGUAUUACUUCAUUAAAAAAAAUAUUUUGUCUUGUUUCAUGUUACCUCCUCUGUAACUAAAUGAUGGUUUUCAACACAAUAUGAUCGAACCAUCUCAGCUUUUAAUUCUUCAUAGACUCUCUCCCCACACUCAUUCACUUUAAAAAGUCAAUUCUUUCAAUUAUCAACAAGUUCUUUUAUUAAUAAAGAUUUCUUGUUAAAAAUA